UUUAUCUGUCAUGAUCGACCCCAAUCUGUCAAAAAGUAAAUUUUUCUUAACAUUUAAAACAUAAACCAACAUAAAACCAAGAUAAAAUCAGUACGAUAAGCAACAAAAAGCACAGUUUUAUCAUAUAACAGUGUGUUUUGUUAAUAAAAAUUCUUUGGAGGACCAAAAAUCGACUCUCCACCGCAUAUUUUUAGGUUAGGUUGCUUGUCAUUGUCCAUAGGAUUAAAUUUUAAAGUGAUAAUUUAACAUUUAAAAAUGGAUGUGGAUAAUAAUGCGGAUGGAACGGGAGGUGGAGGUAUUGAUAUUGAACAGAGCCUCCUCCAGCAGUUUAGUUGUAUGGGUACGACGGAUCGGGAGGAAUUGGUUCAACAGUUACAAAAGGUUUUGGGGAGUCAGUUAAAUUAUUCAACCGCUGCAUUCUUUUUGGAUAUGAACAAUUGGAACUUACAAGCAGCGAUUUGUUCAUACUUCGAUGUAGAAAAUCCCCAAAAAUUACCAUCAAUGGUUUUAAAUUCCGAUCCAAAAGCGAGUGAAUCAGAAAGCAUUGAACCUAAUAAUAGGUUUCAUAAAACUUGGAGUAUAACAAAUAACGGAUUAGAAUCUUGGCCAACAGGUUGUUAUAUACAAUGUGCGGAUGGUGAUUGUUUAGGUGGUGAAAGAAAAUUAAUUUCUGCAUUACGCCCCGGAGAAAACGGAAUAAUUACUUUAGAAAUGACCAGUCCAUCAACGCCUGGAGUUUAUCAAAGCAAAUGGAGGCUUUGUACCCCAACCGGAACUUAUUUCGGAGAUCCAAUGUGGGCGAUUGUAACUGUUGUUGAAGAAGGUACGAUGGCAGUAACACAACAACUUCUUGAAUUACACGAAUUAGGAUCAACACCUGGUCAAAUAAACCCUCCAAAUCCAUUUGUACCACAAUCGUUACAGCAUUUACAAGGCGAAUUUUCUCCAGAUGAUUCAAAUAUGUGUUGAUGAUGAGUGUAGACUUUUUCCUUUUUUUUUUGUGUGAACGGUGGGGUUAAUGAAUAUUAUAAUGGAUUUAUUUAUGACGAUGAGUAGAAAUAUUUUAGUUUCAAGGGAUUUCGUUUAUGUACUAUUUUUCAAUCGGGCCUAAAUGUUUUUUAGGCAUUCAAAAAGCUCAAUUUUCUAUUUCUUUGUCUUUUAAUGUCACGGAGAUUGUUUCAAAGAUGAAUAUAAUGAAAAUUUAUGAUAGAUCUAUCCUGUACAUGUUAAUUUCGUUACGGAUGAUGAUGAUGAUGAUCAUUUCUAAUGUGUAAAGUUCAAAGAGAAAUACAUAUUUUAUAUUUGGA